CGCACGAGGGGUGUUCACUCGACUGCCAUUGGCGGAUGGUUCUCUUCUGUACUCUGCAGUUGAGGGGAUACUGCGCAAGCUCGAGCAUCUCGUCAAAGCUUGCAGUAACUAUUUCUUCUUCAUGAACUACUAAGAUAUCCUACAGCUUUGUACAGUUUUACAGCUUGCUCACCAGCUGCUGCAAAAGUCCGCCUUCUCGCCCUGCCACCAUGCGGUUUGGAAAGACUCUCUCCAAUUCUGUCUAUCCACCAUGGAAGGACAAGUACCUGGAAUAUGAUAAGAUAAAGAAGCUGUUGCGUGAGGACGAAACAUCUCCUCAAGGUCGAGGUGGUGAAGCCAACUGGACCGAGCAAGAUGAGGAGACCUUCGUCCAUGAGCUUACCGUAUCUCAACUGGAGAAGGUCAACCAGCAUCAAGUAGAUACCUUCAGUUCCAUCCGCGACCGAGCAGCAGCCUGCGAAUCCAAACUACCAGAUCCGGAGAAGGAAGACACGAGCAAGUCAGAAGACGAGUGGAAAGAUGUCGCAAGGGACAUGCUCAAAGAACUGGACGGGAUCUCCAAGGACUUGAAUGAACUUAGGAAGUUUAGUCGAGUCAAUUACACUGGGUUCUUGAAGGCCGCGAAGAAACAUGACCGGAAGCGAGGCCUCAAAUACCAUGUUCGACCGAUCUUGCAGGUCCGCCUGGCCCAAACACCUUUCAACUCAGAGGAUUACGCACCACUAUUAUACCGUCUUUCUGCAAUGUAUACUUGGGCACGCCAGAAGCUAGGAGAAGAAUCAGAGGACAAGGAGACAAAUACAGACAUCAAGCCAAAAGACACCUACACUGCACACAAAUACUGGGUGCAUGCUGACAACCUGCUCGAAGUCAAGACCUACCUUCUGCGCCGAUUACCGGUGCUCGUGUACAAUCCGCAGUCCGUCAAAGUGGUCGACAGCUCACAAAAAGAUCCUUCCCUCACAUCCAUCUAUUUCGACAACCAUAGCUUUGACCUGUAUCAAAGCAAGGUCGAAAAGACCCAAGCUGGAUUGUCUGUGAGAUUGAGGUGGACAGGUCAUCUCAACGACAAACCAGAGAUUGUCCUGGAAAAGAAGUUCGUGGGAGAAAAUGAGGAAAGCAAUGACAUCCGGAUUCAAAUCAAGGAGAAAUACAUCAGUUCGUUCUUGAAGGGCGAAUACAAGAUGGAAAAGCAAAUCCAGAAGCUCGAAGACAGACUUGGAGCCGAUCAUGACGAAGUUAGACACCUCAAGGACAAUGUGGAAGAGAUCCAGUCGUUCAUCAAGGAUAAACAGCUAGAGCCGGUCUUGCGUGCAAGCUACACCAGAACAGCAUUCCAGAUCCCUGGCGAUGAUAGGAUCAGAGUCUCGCUUGACACCGACUUGACCUUCAUUCGCGAAGAUGCUUUGGACCCCGACCGGCCUUGUCGGGAUCCUGAUGAUUGGCACAGAUCUGACAUCGACAAGAACGCGAUGGAGUACCCCUACUCUGCCAUUAAGAAAGGAGAGAUUAGCCGCUUCCCCCACGCCGUUCUUGAAAUCAAGGUCAAAGAUACCAAGUAUACUAGGAAUAACGCUUGGCUUCACGAUCUGAUGAACUCGCAUCUUGUCAAAGAGGAGAAGAGAUUCUCCAAGUUUGUGCACGGUGUUGCGGAGCUUUUCGAGGACUAUGUCAACAGCUUCCCCUUCUGGCUUAGUGAUCUGGAAACAGACAUCAGAAGAGAUCCUGUGACUGCCUACCAAGAAGAACAAGAGCGUGAGCAGAAGAGAGCCGAUGAUGAAAUGGCAGUGGGAAGUUUCUUAGCCGGCUCUAAAUUGUCCUCGCCCAGAAACAAAGUCGGAUCACCGGGCAAGUACUCGGAGCGGAGACUCUCCGGCCAGAUCUCGCAAUCCGUCCAGUCCCGAUCUAAAUUGAGAGAUUCUCAGCUCAAGCCUACCGCCGAGGAGCCUGACUCGGACGACGAUGGUAUUCAAGGCACAGAUCAGGUCGACGUCCGAGACUCCUCGCAGGGUGGGAUACGGUCAUUCCUGCCAGCCUUCUCCAACUCACGCUAUGCUCGUCGGCAUCGUCAACGAAAUGCUUGGGACAACGCGCCUCUCCCGCCUGGUGUCAAGGAGCCCAGCUUCUGGAUCAAAGACCAGGGUGAUCUGAAGGUCGAAGCCAAGGUGUGGCUCGCCAACCAGCGCACUUUCAUCAAAUGGCAGCAUGUGGCGGUUCUGUUGGCCACGCUUUCACUGAGUCUGUACAAUGCCGCUGGAGUUGACAACAAUAUUGCCCGCAUCAUCUCAGUGGUGUACACCUUCUUUGCCGUUUUCGCUGCAGUCUGGGGUUGGGGUAUCUACAUGUGGCGAAGCAAGCUGAUCACCGAGAGAAGUGGCAAGGAUUUCGACAAUGUCAUCGGACCCUUCGUGGUAAGCAUUGGCUUGGCUGUUGCUUUGAUCUUGAACUUUGCAUUCAAGUAUCGAGCUGCUGUUGCGAAUAAUCGCGAGGGCAAUAAUAGCACCUUGUUGAUGGCCGGAGGACAGAUGAACAACGGCUUGUGGGUGCAGGAGCUUUAAAAGCCGCAGUAUCAAUACAGUCAGUGCUUCUGUGAGAUUGCACGUGACAAGCAUGGGUGUCGUGAAGAGCUGCUAUCACAUCGACUAGGAUUGUCGCCUGGAUGAGCCAUGACGGGCAUUGGCAAGUGUCGCCAGAAUGAGCCAUGACGGACGUUGUUAAAUGUCACCUCAAGGAGCCAUGACGGGUAUCAUCAAGUGUCACCUAGAUGGCCUAUGACGGGCACUUGCGAAAGUAUGGGAUUCGUGUC